AUGCAAUAUGACCUAGCAAAUACGAUUUCGAGACCUAUAAAAGCCGAGGUGCAUAAGCAGCGACACAGUCUUCGUCAGCACCAGCCAUGCCUUAGAAAGGACGUGGGCGCAAGGAAGAUGUCUAGCAAGUAUGGAGGAGUAAAGUAUGCUAGCAAGUAUGCAAGUGGUGGAUUCCGAGGCUCAGGUGGAUUUGGAUCUGGAGGCUUUGGUUCACGUGGAGGAUCCUCAGGUGGAUUUGGCUCAGGCGGUGGAUCGUCAGGAGGGUACUCUGGUGGCUCUAGAGGUGGAUUCGGAGGAUCAGGUGGAUCUGGAGGUGGAUUUGGAGGUUCAGGCGGUUUUAGCUCCAGUGGAUUUGGGUCAGGUGGAGGGUCCUCUGGUGGAUAUUCCGGUGGAUCAGGUGGCUCCUUUGGAGGGUCAGGCGGCUUCGGUGGAUCGGCCCUGGUGGAUAUUCCGGUGGAUCAGGUGGCUCCUUCGGAGGGUCAGGCGGCUUCGGUGGAUCUGGUGGAUUUGGAUCGGGUGGAGGAUCCUCAGGUGGAUAUUCCGGUGGAUCAGGUGGCUCCUUCGGAGGCUCAGGCGGCUUCGGCUCCGGUGGCUUUGGGUCAGGUGGUUCCUUCGGAGGCUCCGGCGGGUUCGGUGGAUCCGGUGGAGGAUCCUCGGGAGGAUAUUCCGGUGGCUCAGGCGGUGGCUUCGGAGGGUCAGGCGGCUUCGGUGGAUCGGGUGGCUUCGGCUCCGGAGGCGGCGGCGGCGGCGGAGGAGGCUUCGGGGGCGCCGGCGGGUCGCUGGGCGGGUACCUCCCCCCGGCGGGGAAGUGAGGCGCUGCCGAGAGAGCAGCUCCUGGCCGCCUUAUUUAUUGUCCCAAAAAGCUAA